AGGAAGGAGGACCAAGGGACCAGAACAGGAGCCCUCUGGGGCCUCGGGCAGGGGGACAAAACUGGAACCAUCAGGGAACAUGAGUGAGUUUUGGCACAAACUGGGCUGCUGUGUGGUGGAGAAACCCCAGCCGAAGAAGAAGAGAAGGCGGAUUGACAGGACCAUGAUUGGAGAACCAAUGAACUUUGUUCAUCUAACACACAUUGGCUCUGGAGAGAUGGGAGCUGGCGAUGGACUCUCCAUGACAGGUGCCGUACAAGAGCAAAUGAGAUCCAAGGGAAACCGGGACAGACCAUGGAGCAGCUCCAGGGGCUUAUAGCUCUAAGGGAAAUGGUUUUGCCAUCUUGGAAUUCCCAGUCCUGUGCUCAGCUAAGAAGAAAUGCUGUCCCUUCCUGAACCAAUGACCCCAGGAUCUUCCCCCCUGUCUUCCCUACCUGUCUGUGUCUAGAAGGGCUUGGGAGACUGCACUCCCCACUCUACUACCCUGGUCAAGCCCCUCCUGGAGAUGGGGUCAAGGCAGCAGGACUGACCAAAUGACCACUGGCUAGCCAGAACUAGCCUUAGCUACCCAACUGACCUGAGAUAGGAGCCCUUAUACCUUCUCCCACUCCUGGGAGGAACCAAGGGUAAAGUCUAGGUUCCUUAAUGAUGGUCUGGGCACUGGGCUGCUCUUUAACUUGGACCCCUAACUUAGGAAUUGUCUUCAUGGGGUAGAUGAGGUUGCAUUGCCAAAGCUGAACCUGGCUUUGUUGAUUGCUACCUACCUCCACAUCCUCUCCAGCUCCCUUCCUGAACUGAACUAAAGAAAAUUUCAGUCAAGGGACUGGGGAGAUCACAACCACCUACUUCUCUCAUUUUCCCUCUUUGGACUCCAACUCCUCAGCUCACAGCAUUUCAGCAUCUGUCUCUGAAUACCUAGGGCCUCUAAUAGACCUUUAACCCUGGUUUCUGUAGCAUUAGUAUCUCCCCACCAAUUAUCUCUUCUCCCCCUCCCCCAACCUUUUUUAAAUUAAAAUGUUAAUUUAAGACCAGUUCUGUUAAUUACUCCCCAUCUAUGCCAGGAACCUUCGCAAUCCCCAUUACGUCUACGUUGGGGUUGGGAAUUGGGAGAAACCACCUAUGUGCUAGACAUUUUUCCCUCUGUCAAAUCCUCAGGAUCAUUUACCUCCCCUGCUGGCACAGGUGAGGAAGAGAAUGGCAAAGGAGGUGGGACCUGGGACCACAGAGGGAAGUUAUACCUCAGGGAGAACCUCCUGACCAUCCUGGGAGAGAGAGAGAGAGAGAGAGAGAUUGAGAGAGAGAGGGUGCUCCUUUGAAUUUGUAGGGACAAAGCUCGCUACAAAUGUGGUUGGUUGGGAGCAGGGUUCUGCUUGGAGUUAAAUCUGACUAGAUUUGAGGUUUGAGGAUGUGUUUUUCUUCCCAAGUGAUUUUCUUCCUCAAGUUCUGGCCCCUCUUAGAGUCUCUACAGCUGGGCUGUGGAUAGAUUUAGGAUCCCUCGUAGCCAAGGUUAGCAAGAUUCUACACCUUUCCAAGCCAUGCAACUUUAUUUUACUAUAUAUGUGUGUCUAAUGUUUCUGUGAUAGGUGUAUGUGUGUGUGGUAGUCAUUCUUGCUAAUUGGAAGAGAGGUCCCAUAGGGCCAAGACCUUAGUGGAGUACUGGGAUGGGAAGGGUCAAUGCAGUAACGAAAUCUCCAUAUGUUUCUCUCAUUUUGUGCAAUACCAGACCCAGGUAAGGCUUGGGAGGAAUUCUGAGAACCCCCCUGCCUGACUAAAGGGGCCAGUGUUGUGUGAAAGAACAAAGUGAUGGGUGUCUCCAUACCUCCAAUCAUUCUCUGGUAUUUCUGCUUUAUUUCCUUUCUAAAAGGGUAGAGAACAAGACUGAGUAAGGCAUAAGAAGCCAAACCCAACACCCUGCCCUCCUCCCAACCAAGGAAAGUAGGCAAUGAGGUCUCUUCAGGCACCAAAGUGAAGAACUCUGAGAUCGUGCUUCCUCUGUCUUCUAAGUGCUUUGCCUCUGUAUAUACUAUCUAGGGGCCCUUGAUUUUUCAAAACAGCUAUUCCUGCUUUUUUAAAAGAUCUCUUUAGAUCUGUGGUGGAUAUGGCACAAUACACUUGGCUCAUCUUUCUGGUUGUUUUCAGGACUAGCCUAGAUUCCUGUCUGGAAAGCUGAGUGCAAACUAGGAAUCUCUGCCUGGAAAGUGAACUUGGUUAUGGAAGGUUUGAGGUACUGUCUAGUCAGUUUGAUCUGUGAACGCUGUUGGGUUUUAUCUCUAGUCUUGGGCCACACUCCUUUUUUUCUUUCCUUUUCAGCUCUCUUACCACUGGCCUUCCCUUUAUGGAACUCACUUGAUGUUACUUAUGCCUCCCCCAUCACUUCUACCAACUUCCAAAAGUGAUUGGGGUGGGUUUGAGAGUCUUAAUUUAUCAAAAAAACAAAAAACAAAAAAAAACUGCCAGACUUUAUUAAAUACAUUUUUUCAAAUAAAAAAAAAUUCUCCAGCAAAA